CAGGUCAUACUUUCUCACUAAAGCUUGAGAAAAAAUAUUUAAUCGCUCACAAUGUCUGGACGUGGAAAGACCGGCGGGAAAGCCAGAGCAAAGGCGAAGACUCGCUCCUCUCGUGCUGGACUCCAGUUUCCAGUUGGUCGUGUUCACAGACUACUGAGGAAGGGAAACUACGCUGAGCGCGUUGGUGCUGGAGCUCCCGUGUAUCUGGCUGCUGUUCUUGAGUAUCUCACUGCUGAGAUUCUGGAGCUGGCCGGAAACGCUGCUCGCGAUAACAAGAAGACCAGGAUCAUUCCCCGACACCUACAGCUGGCAGUCCGUAAUGAUGAGGAGCUAAACAAACUGUUGGGCGGUGUGACGAUCGCUCAAGGUGGCGUGCUACCCAACAUCCAGGCCGUUCUUCUGCCCAAAAAGACUGAGAAACCCGCCAAGACGAAGUAAAAGUCCUGCAAUAAACCACCACAAAGGCUCUUUUAAGAGCCACCCACAUAAUUUUUAAAGCAAAUAAAUCCUCAUUCUCACUAGUUGAAUACAAGUGAGCAUUAUAGCCGUAUUAGUGAUCAGAAACUUUUAACUAACUGCGUGGUAUUAUAUUAUAAAUGUAAUGUGGUAGGUUAGCACCACUACUUGAUUAGUGCUAUCACCUUAUGGAGGUUUCUCUUCAAUGCUAAUUGUUCUAUUGGGUUUAGUGAAAGACCUGGUGGGUGAAACUUGUAGCAUGGAAAACUACUAAAGACCCGUUUAUCUGCCCAGCACACUCUCAAGUCAUACAAAAUAAUCCUGCUGGACCGCGUUAAUGACACUAAAAGUAUUACGUAAUUUGGGUUUAAGUGUGAGGUUACUACAGAUUUGUGUAUAAAUGCUCUGAAGAGAUCGUGACCAAAUAAAAUUCAGUCUCUAUACUUAAAUGCAUCCAAGGUAGAUAACAAACCAUCCAUAAGGCUGCUGCAAAGAGUUGUACCUGUCAAACUCUGUAAUUUCGUGCUUCCAAAAAGGUAAAAUAUCUCAGUCAGGUAUAUAUUUUGGGGAAUAAGUUUAGGUCUUGUUCUGAUAAAGUAGAGAACUUUGUGUAAGGUUUAUUGCACAUGGCCCACUUAAAGACUAUAAGAAUAGAAUAUGUUUAGGUUGCAGGUUGCUUACUGAUGCUCCUAUGUUUGAUAAGCCUAGAUGGAUGAAUGGAAGUGAGACUUUUGUAAAUGUGUGGGUAAGCACCCUACAAGCUGUCUCAAGAUAUUUUAUUUGUAGGCUGAACAAUUCUAAAAAUGUGAUCGUUUUAAAUCUAACCAAUACCAGUGAUUGCAACACAUUACCAGUCAAAGAUGUGGAAACACUGGUAUAACAGUCUUUUUUAGAUUAGGGUGUUACAAUAAUUUAUACAUUAUUUUCACACAACUGUUAUUAGUGUUUCUUGUUUGUGUUUGUCAUGAUUUUUUUGUUUAUUGUGUCAUAUUGUGCUUGUCUCAUGUUAUCUGUACAAUUUUUUUUUUUUACUUCUGUGAAUUGGUCCAGAAUAAAGAAUACCUGACUUA